UGUUAGAACCGCCUCCAGCCAGGCUUCUCUUUAAUCUUCAGCAACAAUAAGUUCCACAAUAACGUCGACAUUUGUUGUGCAUUUGAAAUCAGGCGCUAUGUAUUGAAAUCGAAUUGUAAUCAUGCUUCGUGUUCAACACAGCGGUACAGUAUUAUUGUAUAACCUCGGCCAGCAACUUCGUUUAGGUCGUUGACUGGGAACGAAGCUAACAGCAACACGACUCAUUGCAACUGUAGGUAAAUAACAAGAGUGUAUUUUUCUUUUUCUUUUUUUUACUACAAAGCUAUAAUACUGUCGCAGACAGACAGGCGGUUUGUUCAGGCUUCGUCGAACUGCUGUCUGCUGGCCUUCAAGGAUGGCCCAAACAAACAGCAAAGUCCUGAUUCUGGGCGCAUUGGCUGGAGUGGCUGGCAUUGGCUUGGCUGUGGCAUGUUACCAGGGCUAUAAGAUGAGACGGAGAGCCUCAUUGCCAGCGCGUUACCUCUGCACUAAUAACGAACCUACACUGGGCAUGACGUUAAUGAAUAGUCCCGGUCUACCUGGGGACCAGAUUGAGGUGUUGGACCGCCUUGAGGCGCUACUUCAAUGUGUGUCAGAGCUGAAGGAUGAGAUGAAAGCAUUGAAGAAUGCCUUGCCGAUGCGGCAUGGUCAAGUUGGCGAAGAGCUUGCGGGAGGUGAUAGGACAGAGGCACAUCGAGCUGCUUCUCUCCAUAGGACCACACCAACACGGAGGAAAAGGGCUGGAGGCAGCAUCGCUGGGGCCAUACCAGGGGGGCGAAGCUCUGAAGAAGCGGAGAGUGAGGGAGGGUAUAUAACUGCACUGACUGACUCAGAUGAAGAGGAACAAAGCGAUGAUGAACAGUGGGAUGAAAGGCAGGAGACAAGAGACAAGUUAACUUGCUUACUUGAGAGGAUCGACUCUUUGCAUCAGGGCACAGACUCUGACAAAAGAGAAAGUCUGCACAUCUUAACAACACUACGAGAGGAGUUUGGACAGAACUCAACAUUUCUUUGGCGUCUAAUCAGAGCAUAUUGUGACGUUCAUGACAUCAGCACCACGCUUGAAGAAAAGAAGAAUCAUGCAGAAACUGGAAAGAAGGUUGGUGAGGAUGCAGUGGCGCUGAAUCCUACAUGUGCUGAAAGUCACCAGUGGUAUGCCAUCAUGUGUGGAAUUAUGGCCGAAUAUGACACAGUGCAGAACAAGAUCAAGAAUGGCUACAUUUUUAAGGAUCAUCUGGAUAAAGCCAUCGAACUGAAGCCUCAAGACCCCCUGUCCUACUACCUGCUGGGACGCUGGUGCUACGCUGUAGCCCAGUUAUCUUGGCUUGAGAGGAAAGUUGCUGCUGCAUUGUUUGGAGAACCUCCCAGCGCCACAGUUGAAGAUGCACUGAAGAAUUUUCUCAAGGUUGAAGACAUCCAUCCAGGAUAUUCCAAACUCAAUUAUGUUUUCCUUGCUAAGUGUUACAGAGACGUAGGGUAUAGGAAGAAGGCGAGGGAGAUGUGUGAAUUGGCUGCGUCAAUGAUGUCGGUUUCAAAAGAGGAUGAAGAAGCACAGAAGGAGCUGGACCUUCUCUGCCCCGAACUUGGAGUGUUAGACCCUGAAGACCAACUGGAUCUGUAGCUUCUACUGCUAUAGACAACGUGUGUAUGCAAUGAGUGCACUGAGACCAUUAGAGUUCUCUCAGUGAGAGGCAAGUUUGUUGAGUUGCGUCAUCACUGGGAGCAAAUUGACUGAGUCAGUGUUCAACUGAAGAAGAACAUGAUGAUCUGCAGGAAUAUAGUCAGUUUAUUGUUAUGGUUGGUGUGGCUGGGCCCUUGUUGGAUACCUGGGGUCAUCACUAUAUUUCACAUAAUAAUUAACUCCUUCACAGUGUGGAACUUGUUGCUACUAACUGUUCCGUCCUGUUUGUUUGUGAACAACAUCAACAACAAAAGGAGCAAUUACAUAACCAAAACAGUCGGUGACUACUUGUUGUCCUGUCCUUGCUGAUACCUGGCUUUCUUUUCCUGCAACCAGCUCUUUGCGCCUAUCUGACUAAGGGUCAUAUUCUCCUCUUCAU